CUCAAAAAUAGUAUUCUUUUUUCCUUCAAUCCCAUGGCUUAAUGACUAUAUCCAAAUUAAAAUUCAAGGCUGGCUUAAAAGUUGAAUCUAUGAUCUUCCUUUGACGACACCUCAAAACGGUGUAGCCUUCGACAAUCUCCCCAUUGCCAAGCAAUCCAUUUUCGCUUCGAUUAUAAGAUCCCUUCAUUCUCCUUCUUCUUCUUCUUCUUCUUCUUCUUCUUCCUUUGGAUCCUCUCAAAAAGUUUCUUAAUUCCUUUGUUUCUGAUCAUACCCUCAAAUCCCAACAACCUUCAAAGUUCUAUAUUGGUGGUGGUGGAUGGCAAAAACCAACAAAUACACCUCCAUCAAUUUCAAUCACAUCUACGACAAGAAUCUCUCCUCCAAUUCCAAAACUGGCAACAAUCCCUCCUCUAAUAAAAACCCGUCUUCUUCUUCUUCCUCCUCUUUCGCCACUGCAACUUAUUCUUCCAUUUCUUCCCCUAACAAGUCCCAUGGCCGCAUGCUUGUCCUGACCCGUCCCACCCCCAAACCCAUUACCUCACCUCAAGUCCUUUCCCCUCAACCCCAGUCUCGACCCUCAUCCGCCGAUCAUCGUCCUGUUCCGGAUCAGCCUCGUCCGCAAUCCGAUUCCGAUUCGAUCUCUCUUCGCCCUCUCGGUCGGACCGGUACGGGUGCGAUCGCUCCCUCUCCGAUUACGGGGUUGGAGAAGAACAGGGAGAUUACCCCUCCGGUUGUGACGUUGCACAAGCCGGAGAAAUUUGUGCCACCUCAUCUUCGGGCGGGGUUCGUCGGGAAAGAGGAGAGACCUGUGAACGUUGGGAUCCGAUCUAGGGAGGGGAAUCAGAGGCAGUACGGGAAUUAUGGGUCCUCGAGCCGGUACGGUGAAGAUGGGCGGCCGAAAUCCGGUGGUGGGUAUGAGAGGAUGAAAGGGGUGGGUGAGGCAGAUCUGGGGGCGAUGGUGAAUCGGCCAAGAUCCAGUGGGAAUCGGCCGAGUUCUAGUGGAUGAUUGAUUCUGAAGUUGGAUACUUUUCCAAGGAUGAAGAUGGUUUACAUUUGAAUCACAAGCCAUGCUGCUCAGCACCCAUCUUUUAUCUUUCUGGAAUUGGCAUUCGUCAUCAUAACUUUUAUUUUUAUUUUUUUAGAUUUCAUAGUCAUGGAAGAUGAACAGAUACCCACCAAGGUGACAAGAUCUCAACAAUGAAGCGACAUACUUCAAAUUCAGAUUGUUAUACCCCAAAGAAAUGAAGUUUCAGCAUUGAAUCCCCUUUACUGAUUGGUAGUUUGGCUUCUUCACCCCCUCUUCUGUAUUUAUGAAAAAGAAAGAAGAUUGUUUUGGAAUGUAGAACUGACCAAGUGUUACGUUGUCAUCCUCGUUCUCAUCCUUGUCCUUGUCAUUGUCGUUUAACUGCUUUUAGAACAGUCUUAGCAUCUUGUGUGGAGGAUGCUCUUGUGUUUUUUCAGUUUUCAUCUAAGUUUGUAAAAUAAAGAGUCUUCUUGUGUGAGGAUAUUGUUAGGUUUCAUUCCGUUUAUAAUGAAAUGGCCAUUCUAAUGCAA